AUGAUAUUUAAGUACAAAGUAUUUGUUGCACUUUUUGUUGUGCUCUCAAUUUGGGCCAGCAUUGAAGGUCGUAGUGUCUCUAAAUUCUUAACCGAAGAAACUGUAGGGACCAAAUGGGCUGUCCUAGUUGCUGGCUCUAAUGGAUGGUGGAAUUACAGGCAUCAGGCUGAUGUAUGUCACGCUUAUCAAUUACUCAAGAAAGGUGGUCUUAAAGACGAGAACAUUAUUGUAUUCAUGUACGAUGAUAUUGCUAACAAUACUAUGAAUCCUCGACCUGGAGUCAUCAUCAAUAAUCCACAUGGCCAAGAUGUUUACAAAGGUGUUAUUAAGGAUUAUGUAGGUGAAGAUGUUAAUGCUGAAAACUUUUUCAAUGUUAUUCUUGCCAACAAAAGUGGUAUAACUGGAGGAAGUGGUAAAGUUUUGAACAGCGCUCCAAAUGACCAUAUUUUCAUCUACUAUGUUGAUCAUGGUGGCCCUGGAAUUGUUUCAAUGCCAACUGGAGUUGUCUACGCGAAUGAUUUGAUUAACGUGUUGAAAAAGAAGCAUGCUUCUGGGACAUAUAGUAAACUGGUAUUUUACUUAGAAGCUUGUGAGUCUGGAAGCAUGUUUGAUGGUCUUCUUCCUGAAGGUUUAGAUAUUUAUGUUACGACUGCAUCAAAUCCCAAUGAAAGUAGUUGGGGAACAUAUUGUGGUGUGGGUGAUGCACGCGAUCCCUGCCUUGUAGAGUGUCCCCCUCCUGAGUUUAAAGGUGUGUGCUUAGGAGACUUGUACAGUGUUGCUUGGAUGGAGGACAGUGAUGUUCAAGAUCGACAAACUGAAACUCUAGAUGAUCAGUAUGAUAGGAUUGCAAACAGAACAGCAGCCAAUCUAACAUAUGGCUCUCAUGUCAUGCAAUAUGGUGAUAUGGUGUUAAGUGUUGAUACUCUUUUCCAGUAUAUGGGCGUUGCUUCGAUAAACCACUCUCAUGUCUCCAUGAAUUCUUAUAAAUCAUCGUCACAGAAUGUUGAACAACGAGAAACUGAACUUUUCUACUGGCAAUCCAAAUACGAAGAUGCUCCUGAAGGUUCUGAUGACUAUUUUGAAGCUCGCGCCAAACUUAUUAAAGUUGUAGCACAUAGAAGUCAAGUGGACAAUAGCGUAAAACAUAUUGGAGAUCUUCUGUUUGGAGUUGAAUAUGGUAACAAGGCACUACAAAGUGUUCGAUCUGCUGGACAACCACUAGUUGAUAACUGGGAUUGCCUUAAAUCCUAUGUCGAGAUUUUUGAGGCACAUUGUGGAAAAUUAAGCUCAUAUGGAAAGAAACAUAUACGUGGUAUCGCGAAUAUUUGUAAUGCCGGAAUUGAGAGUGAGCAAAUGACUGCUGCAACUGUACAAGCAUGCGGCCCUUUGUAG